ACACACCUAUUAUUUUGCAUUCCAGCGGGCGCUAAUUUUUCUGUCCUACUAAACCGUAGACUCGCAGCGCACCGUAUAUCGAUUGGGUGAUUUAUUGUGGCCGUCCAACGAGACACCCACACAAACACAGACAUAUAUCCCGUUUGACACGAUAUGAGUCGUUUGGAUAGAUUGGUCGUUCUCUUAGAAACGGGUUCCACUCCGUUUAUCCGGAACACUGCUGCUGAUCAACUUUCAGAUUUGGCACGCGGGCAUCCGGAGGAGACCAUUAAUCUUCUCGGACGAGUUUACCCAUAUUUCAAAUCUCCAAAGUGGGAAACUCGUAUUGCAGCAGCUAGAGCCUUUGGUGGAAUUGUAUCUCAUGCAGAACUUUGGGAUCCUAAUUCGAACGAAGCCAUUGCACACGAGGGUGAACUCGAAGAUGUAGAAAUGAAGAUUGAAGCUGCAAGCGCAGUGAAAUUAGAAGAUCAAGCACAAGAGUUAGCCGAUAUCAAAAUUAAACAAGAGGAAGAAUUACAAAAAAUUGAUGAAAACCUUGAGAAUUUAGUAACUUUCGGUGCUUGGAACUUACCUGCUUUAUUAAAGAGUGGAGCUAAAUUAUUGGCUCUGGAAGGUGAGGCUGAUCCAAGACCUGAUGAUGUCGGUGACAAAUUUUUAAGACAAUUGAAAAGAAAAAGAAUAGUAAAAGAGGAAAACGACGAACAAAUUAAUAACGAUGAAACGAAAGUCAAGAAAGAAGAUGAAUCCGGGUCUGUAAAGGCUGAACCAACUGACGAUAGAAUUGCUUUGGGAAAUAGUAAUGAAUCUACGAGAUCAGCCACACCAACAGGAACUCCUACGGGGACACCUGCUAUUGACAUGGCGACUCCUCCAAGUACUGCAUCUACACCAGCGCCAUCAGCAGCAACAUCAGCUCGACUUAAAGCCAUGCAAAAGCGUCGGGCCAAGGUUAACGCCAAGUCGAGUACCAAGGUAAUUCCAGUUGAUCUUUCUCAAUCUUCGAUAUCAAGGAAGUUGGUUGAGGAAGGCGGAUCGGAUAGUAACAAUGGUUCGCCCGUUAAUGGUACAGCAACCCCAGGUGAGUUUGAUAUUACCUCGCAAGGCUCUAAGCUUGUGGUUGAAUCUAAGCCAACAGAACUUUCACCACUCCUUUCCCAACAUUCUAAGGUUGCAGGCUUAGUAUGGCAAUUUCAAGGAGUAUACGAACUUCUUCUUGCUGACCUCUUUGAUCUGAAAUGGGAAAUUAGACAUGGUUCAGCUUUGGGUCUUCGUGAACUCAUCAAGAAACAUGGUAAAGGUGCGGGACGUGUCAUGAACAAGAGUAAAGAAGAAAAUGAUAAAAAUAACGCCGCCACAUUAGAAGACUUGUCAGUUAGAUUAUGUACACUUUUCGCCUUAGAUAGAUUUGGUGAUUAUGUUUCUGACACAGUUGUGAUCCCAGUCAGAGAAUCUGCAGCACAAACAUUGGCAGCAUUACUAAUCCAUUUAGAAACACAAACGACCCUUUCAACAUUUGAAGCAUUGAAUGAAUUGGUUCUCCAAUCAACUAACACAAGUAUGAAAUGCUGGGAAGCUAGCCAUGGUGGGAUGUUGGGUCUUAGAUAUUUUGUACUGGUUAGGACAGAUAUUCUCUUGGAACAACCAACAUUAUUGGAUCAAGUAGUCAAUAUGGUGCUUCAUGGAUUGAGAGAAAGCGAUGACGAUGUACAAUCUGUGGCUGCUCUUACUCUUACACCUAUUGCAUCUGAGUUUGUACGACUGAAAAAGGAGGUUGUACAAACCCUAUUACAAGUGAUUUGGGAUUGUCUUGUUAACUUGAAAGAUGACUUGAGUGCAUCUAUCGGUAGUGUAAUGGAUUUGUUGGCAAAGUUGUGUACUCAUAGUGAAGUUAUAGAACUCAUGAGAGAACAACUGUCUUCUACUCUGUUUGAAGAAUUAGUCCCUCGUCUUUUCCCAUUCCUUCGUCACUCUAUCACCAACGUGAGAAAGGCAGUUCUUCGAACUUUGCUUGAAUUCCUUCAAAUCGAUAGCAUAGUUACUAAGAAGUGGAUCAACCAAAAAUCAGUUAGACUCUUGUUCCAGAACUUGUUAGUUGAACAAAACAAUGAAGUGUUGAAACUUUCUGUUAAGGUGUACAAUCAAAUUUUAUUAGAAAUGAGAAAUAGUCAAGACCUGGAACUCCCACCAAUGGAAGAAGUAUUUAUAGAUUGGUCUGGUGCUGCAUUGUCGUUGUUGAUGACCCCAAUUGGUAUUGCUCGUCAUAAUUAUGCCAUGAAUACUGGGUUAGUCAUGAGACCCCUGGGCCAAAUGGUUGGUGUCGAUCAAGAUGAUAGACUGAGCAUGGAGCCAGAAGAGUCCAAUGGCAAUGGCAAUGGAACUACACGCCGUAAGAGAAAGACUCCAUCACUUGCCGUGGUCACUUCAGAUAUUCCAUACGAUUCCAAGAUCAAUAUCGACGCUCCAAUAUACAAGGGUGAUGUCACAUUAGUUGGUGUUGAAACGUUUAUCCGUACCAGAAGCACCGCAGCAACAGCAUUUGGUCACACAUUGGCAGCACUUUCAUCUUCUUCAGAACAUUUAUUAAAAAUCUUUCUUCAAUUAUUGCAUUAUUUGAGCUCACCACACUCCACCCCACGUCUAUUCGCGGCAAUGAUUAUAGAGGAGUAUGCAUCUCAAGUUAAAAAAAUAGGUGGUAUCAUUCCAGAAGCAGCAACUUCACAGUUUGUGCCUGCCUUACAAUCUGUGCUUGAAAAUACAUCUCUUCCAGCAUGUCGAGAACUCGUACCUACCUUGAAGGCAGUGAGAACAUCCUGUCUUCAAUUGUUCAAUGUUUUCUUGGAAUUGGCCAAGGUUCCACCUUCAAAGAUUCCACAACUCCCAGUGGUUGUCCAGGGAGAGGCUGAAGCUGGUCCAGGAGCAUUUGGAUUGGAAAAUGCCGAGAAAAUCAUAUCCGAAACAUAUCCAAAGCUUAUGAAGAGUUUAUCACCUACUUACAGAAUGGCUGCCAAUCAAAGUUUGGAGGAUGCAAAGCAUCGGAUUGGUGUUGCGAUUAAUGAAGCCAGACAGACUGCCGUUGCGAGAUCUACAAGUAUUUUUGCUGGUUAUUCUGCUUCCGUGUUAUCUCUUAAUGGUGUUCCAAAGAAGUUGAAUCCAAUCAUUCGUUCACUCAUGGAAAGUAUUAAACAAGAAGAGUCUUUUGUGCUUCAAUUAAGAUCCGCUAACGCCGUGGCAAACCUUGUUCAACAGUUAAAUCUUGCUCUGAAGAAGGGAGCCUCUGAUAAAAUUGUUAAAAACCUUUGCGCCUUUCUUUGUGUUGAUACCUCGGAAGUUCCUGAAUUCCGCCAUAAUGUUAGAUUCAAGGAUUCUAUUCUUUCGUUGAGGAAGGAAGAAGCUAAGACUGAUCCAGCAGAUAUCGCAGAACAUGAACGAGAAGUACAUCAAGCAAGAAUCAAACGAAAUGGUGCUGUACUUGCAUUGGAUGUCUUGUUGGGAUUGUAUGGUCCCGAAACUUUCACAUCUGUACCAAAGCUUAAAGAAAUCAUGUUGGCACCAUUGGAAUUACUUGAAGAUACUUCCGCUGUAGUUGAAGAGCCACUCAAAGCACAAUCAAUGAUUGAUGCAUUAGGUAUACUUCGUGCUCUUCUUACAAAGUUGGAUAAGUCAUUGUAUCCAGAAGUAUUAUCAAAACUUCCUCAUUUCCUUCCGGGUCUCCAAUCUGAAUACUCAAUCUUCAGAUACUCAACUGCAAAAUGUUUUGCAACUAUUUGUUCAGUUUGUCCAACUAGUGCAUUUACAUUUUUGGUGAAAUCUGUUCUCCCUAUGUUGAACAAUGCUGGGACUGUUACCGAACGUCAAGGUGCUAUUGAAUGUAUUUAUCAUCUUUCAACCACCAUGGGUGCUGAUAUCCUUCCAUAUAUUGUAUUCCUCAUUGUGCCCGUUUUAGGAAGAAUGAGUGAUGCAGACCAUGAUGUUAGGGUAUUGGCAACAACAACUUUCGCUCUGAUUAUUAAGCUUGUUCCAUUAGAAGCAGGUAUUCCUGAUCCACCAGACAUGCCACAGGAACUUCUUGCUGGUAGAGAUAGAGAAAGAGAUUUCAUUCAACAAAUGAUGGAUCCUACAAAGGUUAAGCCAUUUGUACUUCCUGUCACAAUUAAAGCUACUUUAAGAAAAUAUCAACAAGAGGGUGUUAAUUGGUUAGCCUUUUUGAAUAAGUAUCACCUUCAUGGGAUUCUUUGUGAUGAUAUGGGAUUGGGUAAGACCCUUCAAACGAUUUGUAUUGUAUCGAGUGACCACCAUAUGAGAAAUGAGAAAUUCGCUGAAACCCAAUUAAAGGAAUUUAGAAGGUUACCUACAUUAAUUAUUUGUCCUCCUUCCUUAACAGGUCAUUGGGAACAAGAACUUAACCAAUAUGCACCAUUCUUGAAGGUCUUGGUUUAUGCUGGUGGCCCAGCCAUUAGAGCACAAAUUAGAGGGGAGUUGAGCAAUGCUGAUAUUGUGGUCACUUCAUAUGAUGUAUGUAGAAAUGAUGUGGAACAUAUUGUUCAACAUGAUUUCAACUACUGUGUAUUGGAUGAAGGUCACAUUAUUAAGAAUGCUGCCUCCAAAUUGACAAAAUCUGUCAAACGAGUCAGAGCUGAACAUAGACUCAUCUUAUCCGGUACUCCAAUUCAAAAUAAUGUGUUGGAACUUUGGUCAUUAUUCGACUUUUUAAUGCCUGGCUUUUUGGGUACUGAAAAGGUUUUCCAUGAUAAAUUUGCAAAGCCAAUUGCUGCCAGUAGAAAUAGUAAGACUUCCAGUAAGGAACAAGAAGCUGGAGCUUUGGCAUUAGAAUCUUUGCAUAAACAAGUCCUUCCAUUUAUGUUAAGAAGAUUGAAGGAAGAUGUCUUGUCAGACCUUCCUCCAAAGAUUAUUCAAGAUUAUUACUGUGAAUUAAGUGAUUUACAAAAGCAAUUAUAUAAGGAUUUUGCCACCAAGCAAAAGAGAAGUGUUCAAGAUGAAAUGAAUAGUAAAGAUGGGGGAGAAAAUGCUGGAAAUGAUACCGGUUCGGGAUCUGGAGGACAAACACACGUUUUCCAAGCACUUCAAUACAUGCGUAAGCUUUGUAAUCAUCCAGCACUUGUUCUUUCAGCUGAACACCCAAAAUUCCCAGAAAUCUCUGCUCAACUUGCUGCCAGAAAAUCUGACCUUCGUGGAAUCGAACAUUCACCAAAGCUCAUGUCGUUGAAGACUCUUUUAUUGGAAUGUGGAAUUGGUGUAGGGGAUUCAAUGGAUCAUAAACGUAAUUCAAAGCAACAAAUGGUUCCCCUGGAAGGGGUUAUAUCGGAGCAUAGAGCCCUUAUCUUUUGUCAACUCAAAGAUAUGUUGGAUAUUGUUGAGAACCAACUUUUGAAAAAGCAUCUCCCUCUGGCAACUUACAUGAGAUUGGAUGGUAGUACUGAUCCUAGAGAUCGUCAAUCUAUUGUCAGAAAGUUUAACGAAGAUCCUUCUAUCGACAUUCUUCUAUUAACUACUAAAGUUGGUGGUUUGGGUCUUAACUUGACGGGUGCAGACACGGUUAUCUUUGUUGAACACGAUUGGAAUCCGAUGAAUGAUCUUCAAGCUAUGGACAGAGCCCAUCGUCUUGGGCAGAAGAAGGUUGUUAAUGUCUAUCGGUUGAUUACCAAGAAUACAUUGGAAGAAAAGAUCAUGGGUUUGCAAAAAUUCAAGAUGAAUAUUGCAUCAACUAUUGUUAACCAACAAAACGCUGGAUUGGCAUCAAUGGAUACUAACCAAUUGUUAGAUUUGUUUGAUGUUGAUGAGAAUGCUAAAUUGGUAGAAAACGGAAGUGGGGAAGCUGAAGAAAAUAGAACUAAUGUUGCUGAAGAUGUUGGAGCUGGAGGUCUCACUGGUAAGGCUGCGGGAGCAGUUGGGGAACUUGCGGACUUGUGGGAUGAGUCGCAAUAUGAAGAAGAGUACAAUCUUGACAAUUUCAUCAAGACGUUGAAAUAGGAGAGGGUGACU